UCAUAAGAUAUUAUUUUUUGAGAUUAGAAAGCAAAGAAAUGUAGAGAUAAAAUGUGUUAGAGUACAAAGUAGAUAGAGCUUAGAGAUUUUCAUCUCUUCAUUACAUUUUUUUAAAAUUUAAAAUACUUUUGUAACAAUUCUUUUCUAUCAGUGUUGGCCAGUUUCCAUUUUUAGUAUAAUUCUAUCCUUCAUGUACAAAUAUAUACAUGAAGUGAGUUAAAAGUAACCUAUUACUGAGCAAUGUCUAAUAAAAACUAAUGGAAUAUAGUAAGUUUUGACUGUUGAGCUGUACAGUCAGGGGAAGGUACUAACCAUUUUGAGGAGCGUGAAGAAUUUGUGUAUAAAAUAUAUGGUCCUUGUCUUUUUGAAGAACAAUCUGUAAAAUCACUAAGAGCAAACUCUACAGGAUUUUUAGAUGUAAUUUUGGGUCAUACCCAUUGAUCAUUUUCAGAAACUCUUAAAAGCUGAUGUACUGGGUAGUGAUUAUCUAUAGAUCCCAUGUAACAUGCUAAUGCAAUCUGCCAUGGUCAUCAAUUUAAAUCAAAUAAGCUGCAUAUUCUCUACUGGCAGUAAUUUCUGUAGGCUCCAUACCAGGAAGUUUGUUAAAAAUGUCCUUUCCAUUAUCAUUAAGUCUAUUAUUUCUUGAUUAUAAGGAGAUGCAGGUACUUGUGGAGAAUCAUACCUCACAUCAAUGUCUAUAAUACUGAUACCUUCUAGACAUAUACUUUAAUAGGAAAUGAACACUCACUUUCAUUCCCACAUGGAAGUACUGAGGAAUUUCCAAAAAAUCAGAGAGCAACCUCUGGCUAUGGAACAAAAGGGUACUGAAGCAUUUCUCUUGAGUCCCAGGAGAGAUUCCUAGAAUGGGAAACCUGACUUCUGAAGAGUGAUGAGGAGAUCUGGUUAGCAGGGAGGCAAUGUCAGUUCCCCAUGACAUCAGGGGUGUCUCAUGCCUGGACAUUCUAUUGUAUCCUGGAGACUUUAGAAUGUUAUCUGAUGUCACCUGUGUGGUAGCAACACCAACUGCCUUUGGACAGUUGGUUCAGUGCCCUUACAGUUCAGCCAUCAACAUGUUGAGAAGACUCAGGACUCUGUUGGGUCGAGAGAAAGGAGAGGGAAGAGAAACCAGAGAGAAGCAGACACAAGCUGGCCUUCAGCCAUUCCAAUGUGAACCGUCAAGAAAGAAAUGGUCCAGAAGAUGGUACAGGGCCUCCAAGGAGCCACCACCCACUCCAACCAGCCUCACAAAGAAGCAAGUGAAGCAGAAGGUGGAGAGCCUGACGACUCAGCUCCGGGAGAUGACCGCCCAACGGAAUGAUCUGAGAGAUCGCCUCAUCUUAGUAACCGAAGGAUCCUUGGACAACAAGCCUUACCACAGGCCAAAUCCUUUCUGGGAAAAGCUCAAGAUGGAACAUCAGCAGGUCAUGUCACACCUGCAGAAGUUUGAGAAUGAGAAUUUGGAGGUGUCACAGAAGCUCAGUGAGCUGACCAAAGAGAAAGUCUUCCUUUGUGAUCUGCAGAGCCGGCUCCUGAUGGAGUAGAGUCAGCUCAAAAAGAAAUUGGAUAUGCUGAGGCAACAGAAGGAGAACCUACUGGAGGAUUGGGUCGUGCUGAAGCACCACUUGGGUGACUUGCAAGUGCUCAGUAAGGAUCAAGAAGAGAUCAGUGACCUCCAGAACCAGCAGCAGCAGGAGCAGCGAAGAAUGGAAGAGAGUCUCCAGAGCUUGCUGAAGCAGAGGGAGCUUGUCACACAGCAAAAACACCUGGCAAUAAAGCUGCAGCAUCAUUUGUCUGUCUCCCAGAUGAGGUCAGAAAAUCUCCAACAUGAGCUGGAACAAUCCACAGCUCAGGAUGAGAGCCUCCUGCCGACCGAGCUGCUGCAGCAGGAGCACUAAGUGUCAUAAGCAAGUGAGCCACCAUGACAUCCCAUCCCCAGCAACACGGCAUUUGUGGGGUGGAGUUCUUCCUUGAUUCUGGUUUCCUAUGUGUAAAUAGGCCCUGAAUUUAUCUAGCUAGUGAUCCAGCAAGGCUGUUUUUAGAUCUGAUUGCCUUUUCUUCUCUCACAGCAUCCUUUAUGAGAACUGAGGAGGCCUGAGGAAUCCAUAGUCAACUAGAUACCCUGACAUUCUCCACUCUAUGAUCAAGGCCUCCUCAGAACAAGACAUGUACUACUAGUUGUGAAAUCACCAGUAAGGCAAAUAUCAUCUGCCCUGAAGGUCAUCCAUCCAUAAUCUGAUCCAUGUGUCUGUUGACUCACUAGUUAUGGAAUAAAGGAACCAUCAAGAAGAUGCUUGAGAUUCAAAAAAAUAAA